AGUAAAAACCCAGAGACAGACUGGUCUUCAGAAGACAAAGAACAGAUUAAUGUGUUUAAUAACCAUCACAAGCAGUACUGCUCCUCAGCAUCUCUUCACCGUGCGGAGAAGAAGUGACGUCAUCAGCGCAGCCUCCAUGUUCUGCAGUGAUGUGAUGAGAUUCUGCGCAGUGGAGUGUUUUCCUCAGAUGUAACCUGGACGGAGCUGCGGUCCUGGUUCUGGUCCCCUCAGGCGGGUUCGGGGCCAGCAGAGCGCGGGAACAGAAUGGCAUCCCUCUCAGAGCAGCUUCAGGAGGUUCGGAGUCAGGCUGAGGUGUGUCUUUUUACGGGGGGCAGGGUUGUGGAUGUGCGUGCCGCUGUGAUGGCCAUGGCUAACCUGCCCCUCCCCCCCUGCUCCAAAUAUCGCCACAUCACAGCAGAGACCAUGGUGAUAGAAAACAGCUCAGGUGUGAACAGAAAGGAGACUCUUGCAUCCCUGCAGUGCUUCUCUACAGCACUCAACAUCCUGGAAAAGUACGGCUGUAAUUUGACAAAUCCCAACAGGCCCAAGUACUGGAGGACGGUAAAACACAACAACCCUGUGUUCAAGGCAACCGUUGAUGCUAUUCAGGGAGGACGAGCAGUUCUUUGUCUCUAUGGUUACUCCAAUCAGCAGCCAGACGGCCUGAGUUUCCCUGAUGACGUCACAGAUCCUGAUGUGGGUAAAGUUGCUGCAGUGACACUUGAAGUGAUGAGCCUCAGGAUGGAGCUAGAAAUGCUUAUCAAGGAGACUCAUCCUCAUCCUGAGUUCUAUGAGAGGAUUAUUCCUACUCUGAGACACAAGGAUGUGGGUCUGAACACCGACGCUGUUUCCUGUGGCUCCUUCCCGGCCUCAGGUCCACACAGUCAGACCAAGUCUCUGGCCUUCCCCCUUCAGGACUGCUCCUUCAGGGACAGCAGCCAUGGACACUCCCUGUCCACCAACAACAAAAGUGUCAAGCUCACAAAGAAAUGUGCCACCACCUCCAACAAACAUUCAGAGAACUGCACUAUCUGUGGAAUAUUCCGUGUGUCUGCCCACUGCCUGACCUGUCUGCAGGCGCUCUGCUCAGAAUGUGACCGACUGUAUCACUCCCAUCCCGAGAGAGCCGGCCACCGUCGCAACGCGGUCACAUCUUCAUCAUCAUCAUCAUCUAAAGGCAGGAGCAGACACAGCUCCUCCACCUGGUGCUGUCUUCACUGCACUAAGCUGAACCCAGUGCGUGCUGUGCUGUGUGAGCAGUGUGAAAACCCUCGCCUGGAGUUCAACAGCUCCAAAAUGGAUGAAAGUCAGUCUGCUACUCUCAACGAGUGGCACUGUAAAAGCUGCACCAUGGUGAACACAGCCAGCAGUAUUCUGUGUGAGGUAUGUGAACGACCUCGCCUGGCCACACGCCCACCGGUGACCUCCUCACACCUGCCAAUCACACCACCCAGACCACCUGCACCUGUUCUGGGCAUGCCCGGGGAUCCUGACAGUCAGUGGGUUUGUCAGUUCUGCACCUAUUUAAACUACUCUCCUGCUACAAUGUGUGAAAUGUGCGACCUGGCUCGUCCGGAGCCUGCACCCCUGCCUGUGAAGCUCCACCCACCCUCACCUGUCAGACGGGUCCCUGCUCUGCCUGUCAAACCCAAACAGGUGGCUCCUAAGAACCUGGACUCCCAGAGGCAGAGGCUGAUGAAGGAGGAAGGACUGAAGCUGAUUCAGCUCAUCAGAGUUGGGGAGAAGAAAGGUUUGAGUCCAGAGGAAGUCUUCACAAGUGUGAGGGUAACUGGGGAGAGUAGUAUCUUAUCCUGCAGCUGGCUGAAGACCGAGCUCCCUCUGAUUUUGGACCAGAUCAGGAUGUUGGUGGCAUCAUCCUUCAUACAGAGUGUUUCUGACAAGACAUCAGCUAACAUGUCAAAAGAAGCCCCACCUGCUGAUGGAGGAGAGAAGGCGGACUCUGCAGAUGUUAAAAGUGGGAUUCAGUUAUCCAGAGCUGAAGCCAAGCAGGCCUGGCUGUCAGCAGGAGGAAACACAGAGAGAGCUGCCAGACAGGCUCUGACAGACAGACUGGCUAAGGUGAAGGAGCUGUGUGCUUUGGGAUUCAGCGAUGAAACUCACUGUCAUGAUGUUCUGAGACAGAGUGGUGGUGAGGUGCGGGGGGCCCUGGCUCUUCUCCAGAGGCCCCUCCUGGAGCCCUUUCAUAAACGGAUUUGGAGUGACAUACCCAGACCUCCUGUAGACAUCCAUCACCCAGACAAACAGCGGAUCUGUCGCAGACUCCUUGCAGUGUAUGAUCUUCCCAGCUGGGGCCGCUGUGAGCUGGCACUGUCCUUACUGAUGGAGCACAGUGCACCUUACUCCCUGGAGGACGUGGUCCAGGCUGUACGAGAGUCCCACGACAGAGAGUUCAUCAAGAGAGUUCUGGCUAAAGAGUGUCCUAUCUGCCUUUGUGUUUUCCCCCACAGCAAGAUGCAGUCCUUGACGUCGUGCCAGUGCUCGGUGUGCUGUGGCUGUUUUCAGCAGCACUUCACUGUUGCUAUAAGAGACAAACACAUCAGAGACAUGGUGUGUCCUGUCUGCUGGGAGCCUGAUAUUAACGACCCCGAACAUCUCAACAGCUACUUCUCCACCCUGGAUAUCCAGCAGCUCCGAGAGUGUCUGGAGCCUGAAGUUUAUGAGCUGUUCCACAAGAAGCUGACGGAGCAGGCUCUCAUCAAGGACCCAAAGUUUCUCUGGUGCUGCCAUUGCUCCUAUGGGUUUAUCUAUGAUGGAGACCAGCUGAAGGUCAUCUGUUUUCAGUGCAGGAACAGUUUCUGUGCUCAGUGCAAAAAGCCUUGGGAGCCGCAGCAUGCAGGGCUGUCCUGUGAACAGUACCAGUCCUGGAAGAGAGAGAACGAUCCAGAGUAUCAGAAACAGGGCCUGGCUGGAUACCUGAGAGACAACGGCAUCACCUGUCCCAACUGUCGGUUUCAGUACGCUCUAUCAAAAGGAGGCUGCAUGCACUUCUGCUGCUCACAGUGUCGGUACCAGUUCUGCAGCGGCUGCAACAACCCGUUUCACACAACCUGUACAGUGGACGAGUGCAGUGUGUCUGGUCUACAUGCUCAUCAUCCAAGAGACUGUUUGUUUUAUCUGAGAGACUGGGAACCUUCUAGACUCCAGGCUUUACUGCAGAAUAACGGAGUAGAUUUCAACACUGAACCUCCUCCUGGAACACAGACAGGUCUGUGUGGAGUGAUCGAACAGAAGGAUGAAGGAGGAGAACAGUCAGAUUCAGCCUGUGGAGCUCAGACCCAGCCUGGACAAGCUGCACUCUGCGAGAAACAUUACCGGGAGUACCUGGUCAGCCUGAUCAACAGUCACUCCAUCGACCCCGCCCCCCUCUACAGCUCCAACGAGUUACUUCUGGCCUGCAGGAGGUACAAGGUUGAUGACAGCCGUCGAGAUGAAGAGGACUCCUCCACCUACUGCAGCAGACUGCUCAAGAAACUGAUGGAUGAAGUUCCACUCGGUGACAAGGUGCCGCGCAAAAAAUGAAGAAACUUCCAAUUUUCCUACAAAUAUCAGUUUUAAACUGAACAUCCUGAAACUUACUGGAAUGGGAGUCAACUACAUCAGUGUCAUGUCUGCAUAGGUUUUGUAGCAUUUUGAUUUUAAAACACAGAACCAGACUGUACAGGACAAGUCAUUCUCAGGGAAGUAGAUGUUUUCUCUCUACAGAGAUGUUAUUUGUUAGGAGAGAUGUUAAAAUGUCUCUUCCAGAUAGGGCUGCAGACCGUGGGUCCACCCCGUGUUUCUGAAUUUCCAACACUACUUGAAUGCAUCAUACUUCUUAAUGAUGUGCUGAGUACACUGUAGGGUUGCAGGAACACCCAGUGAUGUCUGAGCUGACAGGCUGCACGUUUCUGCUGAUUUUAGCUGAGAUUUAGCUGUAAAUAACAUCAUAACACUGAGAUAACAUUUAGUUACUCAUCUGCAUGGUGGGACAGUGGUUAGAGUUGGUCUCACGGCAAAGAGGGUCCCCUCCUGUCCAGGAUGUUACCCACAUAGUGACCCUUGUAAAUAAAAUGAAUUGUUGUUUCACUUUUA